AUGAGUGAUUCCGAUCACUCAUUAUUUACUUACUUCUCAAACAUUGAAGUACUACUGCUUCUUCUUUAUGUGGAUGAUAUUAUUCUCAUUGGUAGUUCUCCUUCUCUUCUGUCAAGGUUUGUGUCCACUCUCAGCACCUCCUUUGCUAUGAAGGAUCUUGAUGAUCUACACUAUUUCUUGGGGAUCGAGGUUACUAAAUAUACUAGCAGCAACAACCUACUAUUAACUCAGCGGAAAUACACCCUUGAACUUAUAGAGAAGACAUCCAUGCUAGAGUGCAAGCCCUCAUCAACUCCAGUUUCUAGUGGUUCUAGAAUUUCUAUCCAUGCUGGUGAGAUACUGCAAAAUCCUUCUGAGUAUAGAAGCAUAGUUGAAACCUUACAGUACCUGACUCUUACACGAACAUACAUUACUUUUGAUAUAAACUAUGUAUCCCAGUUCCUUCAUGCUCCAACUUCAGAAAAUCUGCUUUUGGUUAAAAUAAUUUUGAGAUACCUGAAGUCUUCUCUAGGCUCUUGUAUAACCAUUAAUGCGGGAGAUCUCACUACUAUCUCUGGUUACCCUGACUCGGAUUUGGCAGGCUGCCCUGACUCUAGACGAUCAACUUCUGGAUAUUGUGUUUAUGUUGGUUCUACUCUUGUGUCCUGGCAGUCUAAGAAGCAUCCUACUGUCUCCAAGUCUUCCACAGAAGCUGAGUACAAAGCACUGUCAUGUCUUGCCUCUGAAUUUAUGUGUAUUGCUACAUUGCUUGAAGAACUCAACAUACCAGUCUCUCUUCCUCAUCACUUGUUCCGUGAUAACUUGGGAGCUCGUGCCUUAGCUUUGAAUCCAGUUUUUCACGCAUGUUCGAAGCAUAUAGAACUGAUGCAUUUUUGUGACUCCUCUGCCUCAGUUUGA